GGUAAAUACGUCCUCCUGAGACAGGAAGUGACGCAAUGAAAACAAUAGCGUGCUAAGCUUUCUGAGACUAGUGAAAAGGGCAUCAUUAUGUCUCCUUUGAAAUAGUAAGUGAGAAAAAUCUUAUUUUCGCAAGAAUACUUGAAGAGCCUCCAGCCAAAAGAAGGUCGUUAAUUUCGAUUAGCGUAGCGAUGGCAGCUUCCUUACCUCAGAAGCCAGGGAUGGCAGGGAUGCCCCCUCAGCAGCAGCAGCAGCCCCACCUGCCCCCCGGUGCUGCCUCAGCAGCAGGUCAGCAGCCCAUGCCCCCUCAGGGAGCCCUGAGAGAGAUCUCCCCCGUGUUCCUCUGUCGGAUUGGACAGGAGACCGUCCAGGACAUCGUCACUCGCACCAUGGAGAUCUUCCAGAUCACACGAGCCACGCAGCUUCCUAACGGUGUGACUCAGAGCCAGGCGAUGUACCAAGACCGCUUUGGGAAGCUCCAGGAACACCUACGGCAGCUCGCCCUGCUCUUCCGAAAGCUGCGGCUCCUGUAUGAACGCUGUGUGGAGAUGACCUCUGACCUGCAGGAAGGGCCAGCAGAGCUUCUGCCAUAUGUCGGGGAGGAGCUGGCUUCUGUCAGAGUGGAGCCCUGCAGUCCUGCUGUCAUCCAGGAGAGAAAAGAAGUUCUGGAGAAGGUACGUCAGAAGAACCAGGAGAUGAAGGUUCUGAUGGAUCAAAUGAGGAACCUGCUAUGGGACGUCAAUGCCAUGCUGACGCUCAGGAAAUGAUAAAUCUUCACCGGAUCCAUUCGCUUUCAUGGAAUUCUUCCAGAGGUGUACGGACUGUAUAAUAGCAAAGACCAGGUGAAAGAAAGGAAUUUCUGUUGGAUUUUGGAUAUGGGACCUGACCCCUCAACUCACUUGCACCUGCUUUGUAUGUUGGCACUUCAUCACUGAAACUCACAUGAUCGUCUGUGGUUAAUUAUCUGUUAUAUUGAAAUUGUUGAGGGGAAAACUACUAAUGAGCUAGGAUAAGAUUUAAAGCUAAAAAAAAGGAUAAGCUUGUGUCAACCUAAUACACUCCAACUGACAAAUAGUUUUUUUUUAUAUACAAGGCAGCUGACAACCCAUUUUGCGAUUGCCAAGUGCUCUACAACUAAGAUUUUGUCCCUCCAUGUUUAUUCAAAGAAGAUACGGACUAUUGUUUUCAUACUGUUUAAAUAAUGAGUUGAAACCUGUAUUGCCUCAGGUAAAAACAAAACAAAGUUUUCACCACGUUCAUGGUGUUUUGCCCCCAGGUGCUGACUCAACACCAGACAGACUUUUAUUUCAUAGCAGGUAAUUCUACCAGAAAGCACAGAAGCUGAUCUGACGACAGUGUUUACAAUAGAAGCAGUUGCCCUUAUUAUGCUCUGUCAGUUGUAAAAAGCACGAUGGGUUCAGAAUUCAAAUUAGCCCCUUGGCAGCUAUGUAUCUCAGGUGCUUUGUACAUAAGUGUGUGUGUGUGCAUGUGCUUAAUGAGAUUAGCUUCCUGAGUGCCCGACAACACACCUGUUUACCCUGAGGGUGUUGAGACUUGCUUGCCUGUGAAUUUAUUUUUGUAAACUGUGGGACAAUAUGGUAGACCUACUGGGUCAUUUUUGUUUUGUACAAAAUAAACUUUUUUUAAAAAAAAAAAUCAAAAUCUGAAA